AUAAAACAAAUGAAAAUGAAUUUGCAUUUGAUUUUCAUAAUAAUUAAGUUAUUAAUCAUUUGUAACCAAAUGAUUGUCUCCAAUGGCAUACCUAUUGAUCAUAAAGUCAUUGCAAACAAUCAUAACAUCAAAACACAGUUUGAAUUUAUUUUGAAACAACAGAUCAAUGAAUUGAAGACUUUAUUACAACACAAAACAUCCAAAUUUGAUGAAUUCUUUCGUGAAUUAUUGAAGACCUCAAAGCGAGACUUUCAUCAAAUGUUUUUACAAACCUAUGGUUUACUAUAUGAGAAGCAUUCGUCAAUAUUUACUGAUAUGUUUCAAGAUCUUGAAGACUAUUACAAUAAUGGAGGUCUGGAUUUAAGCGAAGCACUCGAUCUCUUCUUCCAUCGGUUGUACCAAAAGAUGUUUCAGGUGUUGAACAGUCAGUAUAAGUUUGACGAUAAGUACUUGAAUUGUGUGAGUAAACACAUGGAUGAGCUCAAACCCUUCGGAGAUGUGCCCAAAAAGCUAAACCAAGAAAUAAAGCGAUCAUUUAUAGCCACCCGAACCUUCGUUCAGGCGCUUAAUAACGGCAAAGACGUUAUCAAAAACAUACUCGAAAUCCAAACGUCUGCCGAAUGUAGUAAUGCCUUAAUGAAGAUGUCGUAUUGUCCGCACUGCCAGACAUCUAACGAACUGAAGCCGUGCGCUAACUAUUGCCUUAAUGUUGUCAACACAUGUCUAGCAUUUCAUACAGAACUGGACAAAGAGUGGAACAAUUAUAUCGACGCUCUUCUACUUUUAGCCUCACGUUUAGAGACCUCUUUCAACAUUGAGUCAGUUGUUGAUCCAAUCGAUAUCAAGAUAUCUGACGCUAUUAUGAACUUCCAGGAAAACGGCGGCGUUGUCUCUAAUAAGUUAUUUGAAUCGUGUGGCAAACCUCAUAUCGAUGCACCAAAACGUGAGACAAGAGACGCUAACUUUAAUGAGUCAAACAAAUUAGCUCAACCACAGCCUUAUGUGGCUAAUCCUACCUCAGCCACCAUAUCGGGCUUAGAUCAGCUCAUAGAUGACAUCAAAAAGAAAAUUAAGAAAACCAAAAGUUUUUGGACACGUCUUCCUCAAAGUGUUUGUGCCGAUAAACAAAUGUCUUUACUCGUAGCUAACGAUGAUAUGACUUGUUUUAAUGGCUCAGAUAAUGUACAUUAUGAAAUGGACAAUAAGCCGGAAAGCCAUCAAACAAGUGAUUUAAAUAUAGAGACGACUCGUCACAACGCUAUCAUAAAUCAACAAAACUUGACUCUUAAGCUAAUCACCAAUAAAUUAAAUUUAGCUUAUAAUGGACAGGAUGUAGAGCUUGUUGACACUGCUGACUCUGAUAUGGAACCGGAUGGUUCAGGUAGUGGAUCCGGUAGUGGUUAUGGAGCCGAGGAUAAUGAUUAUAGAGAUCCCGGUUCUAACAAUGUAGUCACUGAUGAUAUAUACUUUAAUCCAUCGACACCGAGAACGCCUCACCUGAUUGAUGGCGAAACCAAUGACUUUAAGUCAAGAAAUAAUUGGUCGAAGUCUCCAAAGCCUAACCAUCCUUUCAUGUCUAAAGACUCAUCAUUUAAGUCAAGUCUUUCGAUUUCAUUAGUUAUGUGGACAUUAUUUAUCAAUAUUUGUGUUUUAUAUUCAACUGAUAGACUGUGAUUACUAAUUAACAUUUAAAAAAUAAUUUUAAUUAUUUUUUAAGAUUAAUUAAUGCUUCAUAUUUUAUAUUUAUUUCAUAAAUUUUAUAACGUCAAAAUGACAGCUAAAUUAACUUUUAAAUAUUGUAAUUAUAAAUACAAUAUAUUCUGUGUGUUUGCUUACAAUGUGUGACAAAAAUGGAUUUUAAUUAAUUAACUAACAAUAAGAUUCACAUCAUUUCGCUGACGGCAUUAAAACAGUGGUGUUUUUAUGUGUUGUUUAUAUGUUUAUGUCUAUUGAUGACUGUCCUUAUGAUGAUAUGUGAUGUGUCCACUGAUAUAUGGAUGAGAAAAAGACGACUUUUUUCUAAAACUUUUUAUUUUAAAAUGUAAAAUGUUUUUGGAAAACAAGUUUUUAUGAAAUGUGAUAAAAGAUAGACUAAUAUUAUGAAUAAAUUCUUUGGCAUUUACGUCAACAUUACUUUUAAACGAUUACUAAAUUGAUAUAAAAUUAAAAAAAGUGUGCGUUUAUAAUAG